AUGAAUGCUACAUCUUUCGGCCUUGUGCAGGAACAGCUAGCGCACGAGCCGUUCAAGUUACUUAUUGCAACAAUAUUUCUCAACCGCACUCGAGGUGGUGUGGCUUUACCAGUUCUCUUCAAAGUCUUCGACCGCUACCCUACUAUCGACUCCAUGGCUGCUGCCCAUGAAUCGGAGCUUGUGUCUAUGAUUCGCUGCCUUGGGUUCCAAAACCAGCGUGCUAGGAAGUGCAUCUCAAUCGCGCAAACUUGGCAGAUCAACCCUCCGGUUAAAAACAAACGCUAUCGGAAGAUGCACUAUCCUAACAGACUGGAUGGUCGGGACAUUGGCCCCGAUGAAUGUGUUGACGAUGAAGACCCACGUUCAGCAUGGGAAGUUGCCCACUUAUCCGGUGUUGGUGCUUACUCCCUGGACAGUUGGCGCAUUUUCUGUCGUGACGAACUCCGAGGGAUGGCUACAGACUGGGUCGGGACUGGAGCAACUACAUCUGGAUUUGUCCCUGAAUGGAAAUCGGUACUUCCCCAGGAUAAAGAGUUACGUGCAUAUCUAACUUGGCUCUGGCUGAAGGAGGGUUGGGUGUGGGAUCAUCACACAGGUGAUCUCACUGCAGCAAGUGACAAGACGCUACGAGCUGCACGAGCGGGUGGAGUGGCCCACGAAGAGGACGGAAAUUGGGUACUGGAGACUUCGCCUGUGAAAGCAGCAAAUGGAUUGCACGAGUAUUGA